UUAUGAGCAAUAAUUUAUUCAACGUACUCAACUUCUCUGACACAGAAGAAGUCCCAGAAUAAUAAUAGAAAAAGUCUAAGAAAAAUAAUAACAAUAAGGAAUAGAUUAUCCCAGUUGAGUAAGUACAAAAAGAAAAUACUAAACAUGAUAAUCCCGCUCCUAAACAAAAAGGUGUUCCUUCUGAUCCACAUCCAAAGGAUAGAUAAUCUGGUACUGGAAGAGGCAAAGAAUAACGUAAAGAAGGUGGAGGCAGAAACAAUUGGGGAAAUUACAAAGAUGACCUUAAAGAAGAGAAAUAUGUUGCAAAAGAAUAAAAGACUUAAGAUACACCAAAACAAGAAUAAAAUGAAUAAACAACACUACCAGUUCAACCUCCUGCUCCUGAAAAGACUCUUGCUGAUUAUUAUUAAUAAAGAGGGGCUGUAUUAAUUUUAAUUUUAAAUUUAGAAUGUUGAAGAUGUUCUCAAAAAAACUGAGACUAAACCAUAAGUAGUCAAAUAAAUUGAUGAAGAGGCAUUGAAAAAAGACAAGCUUUUUGUUAUGAAAACAAGAGAAGACGAAAAAAAACUAUAGGAGUAAAAGCAGAAAAAAACAAGACAAUAAUAACCUUAUAGAAGUGAGCUUAAUACUUAAGCUGCUGAAUAUUUGGGUUUUACAAAUUAAGUAUAAGAACCUGAAAGAAAGAAUGAAAGAAGAGGAGAAAGAAGAUAAUAUGAUAAAUAAGAACCAGUUUAAGAAUAAUAAUAAUAAUAAUAAGAAAGUGAAACUUAAGUUUAAGGUGAAAAAGGAGAAAAAAACGAAAGAGAAAAUAGAUAAGAUAGAGGUGAUAGAUAAGGAGAUAGAUAAAAUAAAGGAUAUAAGAGAGAUAGAUAAGAUAGACCAUAACAUGAUAGAUAAAAUAGAGAUAACAAUACAAGAGAUUAAAGAAGAGGAGAUAAAUAAAGAAGAGGAGAUGAUAGAUAAGAUAAAAAACCUCAAUAAAGAUAAUAAGUAUUAUAACUUAUUAAUUAUUUUAGGAAUAAGGAAUUCAAUUGGAUGACAAAGAUUUCCCAUCUUUAUGAGU